CUCUCGAAUACACUCUAGAUCUAGCAAACCAACAGUUUUUACUGGUUCCAAAAUUUCACGCUUUUCCCUCUCUAAAAAAUAAUUUCUUGAAGUUUGCCAAAAGUUUACUCCCCGCCAAAUUAUGAAGAUCUCCGCAAAGAACAAAAAUACCAUGUUGAAGAACCCGAAAAUUGUGAAGAUAUCUCCCGCAACAGCUGCCAAGAGCUUCGACGUGGCACACGUGUGUAGUGGGGACCUGGAGAGCGAUGGCGGAGUCCGGCUUCCGCCGCUGACGCUCAAGAGUCGGAUAAAGCCAGAGGACGUGGUGGGUGCUCGCUUCCGCCCGGUGGAGGCGAGGUCCAAGGCGGUAGUGCUCACCGAUCGGCAGUUCGAUGCGCACAUGAAGCGGCUGGUGAAGGUUUUCAUGGCCGAGGUAUCCAUUACCAGAGACAUGCGCGAAAUAACCUCCAAGAGGUCGCUGCAGCCAGCCGACCGGCUGCUGUUGCAGGAUCUGGAUAUACUCAAAGGCAAAUUCAGGCACGAGCGAUCCAAUCUGGUGGUGACACUCAGCAUGGACAGCAGACACAGAUCCCAGCAAAGUUCCGCCACGGAAAUCGGAGCUCGAGCCAGCAACAAGAACCAAAUUCCAGACGAAAAACCCUCAGACUCCUCUGACGAUGCGGGACCGUCUACUAGUAGGAUGUCCAAGCUUCUCAAGCGUCCAAUCCAAUCAAGAAAACGAGGAGGAGCGCAACCAAAAGUCACAUCCAAUCCACCAAUCAUCUGCAAGAAUAUCGUAACACCCAUAGAGCUAUCGAAUAAGCUAAUGGAAAAGCUGGUCAAAGGCUGCAAAAGUCCGAUACUUCCCGAGCAAAUAUCCAGGAAACUCCGGCAGAGGUUUGCCCACCCAACUGAAAGUCCAGAAGCCAACGUUCUGCCACCCUCUUCAGUAGAUGCUCCAAAAACUGAUCCAACUAACGCUCCAGCAAGCACUUCAGUGGCCCGUACGGAUAGGGCCAAGUCUAAGGAACUCUCCGCACAUUCAUCUGACAUAUUCUAUGACUUUCCCACAGCAGUAUAUUGAGUAGGGUAGGGACUGCCCCCGACAGUUAUCUUCUUUAAGUGUUGCUUACAAAGGCAGUCUUACGUUCCAGUUUAAGCAAUGUUCUGCACCUUUGUAAUCAAAAUUGAUUGAGGAGAAUAAAUAGUUCAAGUCUGUGUUUGUGAUUGAUCUUCAAU